AUGAAUGUAGUAUUUUUAUUGCCGGUUCCUGGGCUUUAUUGUAUCGGUUGGGUCAAAAAUGAGCAGGAUCACAUGGACAAUUAUAUAGUCGGAACUAACUGUUUUCCGGUUUUAAAACUUACUUUACAGGCCUUCACCUAUAAGCUUUUUCUGUUUCAAUAUGAAGUACUGGUACUAAUGAUGUUUGUUAAAUUGUGCAGAAUUGCGAGGCCAGAUUCAAUUUUCAAUCUAUCCCUCCCUAUUAUUUUUGGAUUUGCUUUAAUAAUUUUGACCUUCAAUAUUUUGCCAACAUCCAUAAUGCUCAAACUUUUCAAUCCGACUCGCGAUGAGUCCGAAACUGCCAUACUUCUCCACUACCCCCAUUAUAGUUUUGCAGCUCGAUACCCAUUUCUAUGGGUGAUGGUAGAGGAUAUAAUGAUCAUAGCUUUUGCCUGUAUUCUUUUUAUGUCAUUAGGGCUAUUAUUAAUUGCAAUUUGUAUCCUAUAUGUACUUAUUUAUUAUGAGUUGCAACGGCAGGAAAUGUACAUGGCGAAAGAAAUUUAUAAGCAGAAUAAGGAAUUUAUCGAUGGAAUUAUGUAUCAUACCAGGAUCAUAAGCGCCGUCUAUUGCGUUUUGCCGCUAUCAGUAUUUUGCCAAUUUCUUAUUGAAGAAGAAACUGAUGUGUCUGUACCCAUCUCAAUAGCUAACGUAAUUUUUGCGAGCUCCCCAAUUCCUGCAAUGCUUUCGUUUUUGUGGAGGAACCCUGCUUGUUGGUCAAGACGAAUUAGGAAUACUGUAAAUCUGACUUUGGAAAAUUAGGCAAGCCCAUCGAAUCAAAAACUAUUUAUCAGUUU